AUGAAUUCCAAUACUUUUGCAAUCCUAUUGACUUUUUCCACCAUUAUAGCAUUAGCAAAUGCUCAGAAUACCACUACAAGCAAUUCCACCGCCACUACCUCUAACUCUUCAGAUGGAAUAACUGUGUACUCCCCGACUAGGCUUGCCGUUCCAUGUGCGCAGAAGUUCCAAACAUCAGUGACAGUUCAAAUAACAGCAGCAGUGGAAAUAUUAGUACAACAAGUAAUACAAGCCCUACAUCAAGUAGUAGUAGCGGCUCGAACAGUUCCAAUUCUUCAUCGAGAAGAAAAAGUAUCAGAGGAUGGCCAAAUUCAAAAUUACGUUAAGCUAUUCAAUCCACGCAAAAUUUAUCCGAAAUAA